AUGGCAAGAAUCAGAAGGGGACAUCAAAAGAUAGAGAUCAAGAAAAUGACCAAUGAAAAAAAUCUCCUCGUCACCUUUUCAAAGCGUAGAUUCGGCAUUUUUAAGAAAGCUAGUGAACUCUCCACCCUCUGCAAUGUAGAUGUGGCUGUCCUUGUUUUCUCACCAGGGAAAAAAGUAUUUUCAUUUGGCAACAAAUCUGUUGACUCAGUAAUUCAACGUUUUGUCAAUGGAGCACCACCCAUCUCCUCAGGUCCCACGGGGCUCAUACAAGCUUAUCGGCAUACUAAUAUUCGCCGUGGCCUCAAUGCACAACUCAUGCAGGUGCUCGAUCAACUCGAGAUGAAGAAGAAGAGAGCACAAGAGCUUAGCAAAAUGAGAAAGGCAAGACAGGCAGAGUGCUGGUGGCAGAAGCCAGUGAGCGAAAUGAACAAAGAACAGUUGGAACAAUUGAAGCUUGCCUUGGAGGAGCUUCAGAAAAAUGUGACACAAACUCAAACAAUUCGUUUUCAAAACUUGAAUAAUGCUACUCAGUCUCUUGGUGCUGGUCAUGUUAGGCUUCCUAUUGCAGAUACGAGCGGGGUCAAUGACUUGGUUGCUGAUGCGUUCGAUUCUGAUUCCAAUGUGAUGCCUCAUCCUACUGCAAUGCAUCCAGCAGAUGAUUAUGGAUCUGGAAGAAAUGGGUUUUACAAGAUUUGUCAUAUUCGGAGUCGUCUUUAG